UAUGCUUUUCGCCUCCUAGCUUCUACAUCAGAUUGAAAGCAGGUGCGAAAUUCGCAGUUGCUCUGAAUGAUUCUGCGAAAAGUUGCAGCGAUUCUAAACUCUCCGCAAGCCAUGAUUGACACGGGAUAGCUAAAAUUCAAUGUAUCGGAAGUACUACUUAGUAGAGGUCGUUAUCCUGCUCCUUCUUUCCCACGGCGGUUGGAACGGACCCUCCGUCACUUUACUUUCAUGUACUUCUGAAUCUUCGAAGCUCGUCAGAGAUGUCGUCCAAAAGCGUUUUCUACCAGUUGUCGAACGAUACAGAGUAUCUCUGCCUCUGGAAUGCCCCUUACAUCCCAAGAGGGACAUGUUCUGGUGGCUUCAGACGGAACUGGAAGCAACAAAGACUGCGGGAGAAGAAACAUGGCAUUGCCCCGUCUGCGGGAAAAAAUUUCGAUGUGAGAAUACUUUUGUGACACACUGGGAUGCCUCCCACUCAAGAACGAUGGGAAUGACGGAGGAGACGGUGUGCCUUGAUGACUACUGUGAUGUCUUUCGUUGCGAUAUCUUACGUCAAAAGAUGCUGAAACAGCGGCUCGAGGAGGAAGAGAUGGAGAAGACCGCAACCCAUAAACCAACACAGUUCGCGGCCCUCUCCAUCGCGCACAAGCAUCAACAGUUGGAGGAGGAUGACGAAGAAAUCAAGCAGAAGAAACAAAUGUGCAAUCCGAAAGCUAUGAAUGUUCUGCAACUAAAGUGCAGGUCUCUAAUACGACAAUGCACUAUCGGCAUGCUAGCGAAUUUAUCAUCUAAAGAUUUCCAAGAUAUUGAAGAUGACUUAGAUCAAUCCAUCUGCUCGUUUCUGACAUGUGACAAAUACUGGGACGACUUCGAUUCUCAAAUACAUCAAGUUCCUACCCUGGUUCUUGCUAUUUUUGGCUUGAUAAUAAUAAGCUUGUUCUGUUUCUGUUACUACGGAACUUGGGUCUUGAUGGAGAAAAAUCCUAUUAACACCAAUCAAUUGUGUUGCAACUGUCAGAGAUCGCAGUCUAUGGAAUUUCGUCACAAACAGAAAGUGCGGCAAUACAGAUAUAGACAAAAUUCUCCGGAAUUCCAAACAACUAGAAGAGCACCCAGCAGAUGUGGCCGAUGAAUCAAGAGCUAGACUGUCAUAUGCAAAACAUCAUUCAUGUUCACAUUUAUAUCGAUAUCUUUUUUAAUUGACACUAAAGUGAAUAUUUUUAUCAAUUACUCAUUUUAUUCCUCUUUUAUAUUCCUCCUUGAGUAAUUUUAAUUUACAAAUUUCUGUUUAUACAUUUCAACAUUUUAAAAUGUCUAUUAUGUAGCAGUUUCAAAGGAAAAUAACAAACUGGUAACAACAUAAACUUUGGGGAUGAGCAAGUUUAAUCAAGGAACAGUAAUAUUUAAGGCACAGGAUAAUGACCUAAAAGUAGUUAAACAAUUUUAUAAAUAUUAGCGCGAUGGCAAGAAUGUGCAAAAUACAGAAUAAUAUAGUAAAAUUUAAAUGAACUGAAAUUUUAAAGUUUAUUAAUCGGUUAUUUAUGCAAGUGCUAGAGAAGAUUAAUUAAAAGAAUUAUUUUGAAUUUCUAAAAUGCUUAAAUAAUAUAUAUAUGAUGUAAAUAUUCUUAUUAAUACAUCUGUUAAAAAGCGUUCAAUAAAUUUUAAUCGCCAUAAGAAAAUGAGACGCCAUUUAGAAAUAAGUUUUCCUUACGUAGGAUUUAUUUUUAAGAAUUUGUCAAACUUAAGCUCUACAGAAAAGUAAUCUUUUUUUUUUUAAAAAAAAAAAAAAAAAAAAAAAAAAAACGUAUUUGCCUCUGCCUAGUUAAUUAUCUUUAAUAAAUUUUCUUUCAUAAAGUUAGCUUACAUAUUUGCUUCUAAGCAAUAUGCAUUUCCUUUCAGUUUCUAAGCACAAAAUGAUAGUUCAGAUGGCAAAACAUCAAACAAUAAGAAUUAUUUAUUUAACUCCCCUUAAACUGUCAUUUAUGUCAUCAAAAAAAAUCAAGCUGAGAUUUAAUGAUGUGAUGUGAUUAAACUGCACGAUGAAGAAUGGAAGCUUUGUAAAUUUUAAAAAAGGUGUACUACUUUCUUUUGAAGCACAAUCUUAUUGACAAUGCAACGAUACAAAUUCUGUGAAUCUGUUUGAAGGCUGAACAACAACAACAGAAGAAAAAAAUGUUUAGCGUUUUUUUUUUAAAAGUCUUAGCACAUAAAAACACAAAAAUGAAGCAAUAUUUGCAUAAAACAAUAAAUCACAGGCCAACCUAAUUCUUUAUUCUUUUAACUUAACUUGUGAUAAUGCAUCUUAUAUGGAUGUUAUAGUUAAUUUAUGCAUAAUACAGCCGUGAAGAAAUUAUUCUAACUAUUCAAAAAUAUUUAAAUAAAAUAUAAGCUUAGCAUAAAGCAUAGCAAUAAAAUAUAAGCAUAGCUUCAAAAAAAACCUUAGCAAGCUAUGGCAAAAAUAUAAUAUCAAUGAAUUAGAAGAGAAGGAAUUAUAAGAUUCUUUAUAGCAGAUAUAUUCUUUAAACAUACAGCUUAUUAUGUGUUAUGUACAAAAGAUAGAGAUGUUGGCUAAUUUAAAUAACUUCUUUACAAUAAAAUUAUAUUCGUUGAUAGUUAAAAAAUAAUAUUAUUUCUCAAAAUCUGUUCAACAGGAAAAAUUAAUAAGGAGUAUUCGAUAUGUAAAAUGAUAAGCAAAUUUAAUGAAGUAGUAAAAAACAAAAAUAAAAAUAAAAACUAAUGAACAUUUCCUGCUUUAAAUUAUUAGUAUUCUUUGAUACAUACCAAAGAUAAUGCUGAUAAUUUAAUUCGUCGUUUAAUUUAGAAAUAUAUAAUAAUUUUUUAGCAAACACUCAAAACAAAAUUCUUUAAAUGAUUUCGCUUUCAAUUUCCUUCUGAUACCAGCUUCAUUUUUGGAAUUAAAGCUAAUAAGAUAUAUUUAAAAGACAAUUUAUGUUCGUUUUUUUGCUACAUAUAACACUUCAUAUCUGCAAGAAUCUGUAGUUAAUAUUUUGAAUUAGGGCAUGUAAACUGUCUUUGUACUGUUACAGCUGAAAAAUUUAAAUAAUGCAUUUCUUGUAAAAUUAAAAAAAAAUCUGCGUAAGAUAAUGAUUAAGAUUUAAGAGGAAAAUUAAUGCAACAGUCGGAACAGUUUGCAAACCUAAAAAUGAUAAAUAAGGCUAAUCUUUGGAACAUGGUAACAGAUAGUUUGGCAACAUUUUGGUAAGGCGAUAAAGGUUACUAGCUAGGACUUUAGCAGUGUACAUGGAUAAAGUCAAGAGUGUGCAC